AUGAAAAUCCCCAGUCGAGUGGAUGGGUCCGUUCGUGGCGCCUUACUCUUCAACUGCUCGUCGGCCAGCGUAAGAAAUGUGCAAGCGUCCAAGAGGAGCUUCGCCUCGAAUCCGCCCAGGAGCUCUCCAAGUCGGCCGGCAGCCUGUGCCAAGAGCUCGACAUGGCUCCUGUCGACCUUUGCGCCGCCUGUUGAAGCUCGCUGCGUCCUUCAGACACCCCGGCCUCGACGUGCCCGCCACAGCUGCUACAGCACGGCUUCCGCUGCCGCCUGUUCCCCUGUCACGCCCGCUCUUCCGGGUCGGAAGCAUACGCCCACUCAAGACAGGCAGUAUCUGCUGUCCCUCGUUUACGACGAAGACGAGGCGAGUGUCGACGACUGUAUCGACUUUCACAGAGACCCCUACCGCCGAGGCUACGCUUCGCCGGACGGACCGAGGCUCAGGGUGUCGGACAAGAGCCCCGACGUGCAGUAUCCCACUCAUGACGAGACAUUCAGGAUCGACAACGAUACGCGACAGAUACUCGUGCGGCUAUACACGGCCGUCGGACAGAGGCUACGACACCCGAGCCGCGUCUCUCUCGAGUCGAUAUGCAAGCUCUACAGUCUCCUGCCCGAGCCUCGCAUGCUGCACAUCACCUGGCAAUGGCGUAACAGGCUGAUGAGAGUCAUGGGCACUCCCCGGAAACGCGACAUGGAGUCCAUGCUGCGCUACUUUGCCCUGGUUGCCGAUGUCAAGGAUGCGGGGCUCACCCUGCGGCGCUCCCAAUGGAACUUCGCCCUGGCAUUUGCUGCCAAGUAUGCCUCUCGCACCACUGCCCGAGAGAUGGAGUCGACGCUGCGGCUGUGGAGAGAGAUGGAGCGCGAAGCCAACGUCCCGGGGAACGAAGUGACAUUCAACAUCCUCUUUGACGUGGCCGCCAAGGCCGGCAACUUUGCGCUCGCCGACAUGAUAUACCAGGAAAUGGAAAGCCGCGGCAUCGAGUACAAUCGCUUUCACCAUGUCAGCCUCAUCCACUACUUUGGGCUGAAGCUCGAUUCGGGCGGCAUCCGCGCCGCAUACCGGGAAAUGGUGGAGUCCGGCGAGAUGAUCGACACCGUUGUCCUCAACUGCGUCAUCUCGGGCUUGCUUCGAUGCGGAGAGGAAGGCCCCGCCGAGGAGACGUACGAGCGCAUGAAGAAUAACCACACCCUCGCCCCGGCGUUGCCACAAAGGGACUACAUGAUGAGCAAAGUCAUUACAAAAGUCAUCAUGAUGUUCUCCAAGGUCAGCAAAAAGCACCCCGAGCUAAAGGAGACGCUCCAAACCACGGUCCACCUGUCGCCAGAUCUGCACACCUACAAACUCCUGGUGCAGCACUACGCCAUCAGGGUGGGAAACCUUAACAGAGUCGUCAAGUACCUGGACGAAAUGAAGUUUCUCAAGGUCCCCGUGCACCCGACCAUCUUCCUGGCGCUCUUCAAGGGCUUCUACAUGCACGGGGGCUUCCCCGGCUCGGACUGGAGCGAGCCGAGAUUGGAUGGCCUUCUCUCGGCCCUCUAUCACGCUCGCGACACGCACGCAAAAAACUUCCCGAUAGAUCGCUGGCUCGUCAUCUGGGCCCUGCGAGCUGUCAAAAAGUGCUCGUCCGCGGAAGCACUAGAGGAGACGUUUGAUGCAAUGGUACGGCGCUGGGACGUACCUGCGGAUCGCCAGCCUUUUAUGCACGCCCUCUACGAGAAUAUACUGCAAGGCAGGGAUAUGAGAUCUCCUUCGGGUAAUUGGGACGAAAUGACGCAUAGACGGAGUAAAAGAGACGGGUCCUGGCUCUGA